AAUGCUAGUUACAAAAUAAAGGCGGGACUAACAUUUCUUAGCAACGCUUGGCUCUUUGGGAGUGGUGGCGGUUGUUUCAGUAUGGCGGAGGCUGGAAACUCGGGCAUAUUCUGGAAAAACGGCGUGUCUGAUGAAGAACAGCCUUUGGCUUUCGUUCCUGGAGUCGACAGAGGUGUCAAAGCUUUUUCUUUCAAUUUGGGAUCAGACAGCAGCCACGGAUCUGCCAAAAGAGCCACCAGGACGUCAGUAAAGCGCGUUUCCAUCUGCAAGAAUCCCUCAACACAAAAGACCACUGCCAGCAAACCGUUCCACUCGCUGAGUAAUAAUUCUGGGACAUACAUGAAGGAGAAACUUCACAGGAGUUCAGCUGUGCCAGCAGAGUAUAUCCUUCCCCAGUCUCCUCACACUGUCUGUCCCGUGUCACAGAUGAUGCCUGAAAGUAACAAAGCUAAGAACGACAUCUCUUUGAAGGACCUUUGUCCUGAAGAUAAAAGGAGAAUUGCCAAUCUCAUUGAGGAAUUAGCCAGAGUUAGCGAGGAAAAGGAAGAGUCGGUGCAGCGGCUGAAAGAUGAGCAAGGGAAUUGUGAACGGAAGAUCCAGCAGCUGGAGCAGCAGAACCUGAUCAUAGCCCAGGAGAGGGAGAGCCUACAGCGACAGUACAGAGAGUGUCAGGAGUUGCUUGGGCUCUACCAACAAUAUCUUUCUCAGCAACAAGCACAGCUCAACCAGUCCAUUGCCCAGCUCAGCCAACCCGCUCCACCCAGUGGGGUGCUCGGCAGCGAGGAAGCCCCCGGCAGGACAUCGGCGAGCAGAGCUAAUGGCUCAGCCUUUGAUGGCUCCUACCUCGGCCUCGCCGCCACCGGAGCACGUCGGACUCAGGUUUACAGGAGCGGCGAUACGAGAAGACGAGCUGCACACAAGUCGAGAUGCUCCCCCUCUCCUUCCUGUUGUAGCGAGCUAAGCCCCUCUGAUGAGCUAGCCAAGCAGCAUGGCAGUCGGAGGGGGUGCAGGGAGCCACACACAUGCCACAGAUGCCAGGGCUGCCAAGGCAGUUGUCAUGGCACAAGCUGUGGAACACAGCAAUGGAAAAGUGACCGCAGCCCGGACAUGUUUAGCCAACGGGGGUGUGACAGGUCACACAACGGGAGUAAAAUGGACUCUCUAACCAGGCCUUCCCUGGGUCAUGAGGACUGGGAGAAGAAGAGGCACCAGCUGCUGAUUCAGAAGAUGCAGCUGGAAUCGGAGAGGGAGAAGCUGCAGGCACGGCUGGCUGAGCAGGAGGAGAGGCUGAACAGACAGAGCGAGCAGCUAAAACAGUCUUUCCUUGAUCACAGCAGAAUUCAACAACAUACUCAAGCUGAGCUCAGCAGCUCAAACACUAGAAAUGGAGCACCAGAGCCGGAGGGUCUUUCCUGCCAAGAUUUGUCCUCCAGGGUGUGUAAAGAUGCAGAAGCACAUCCUGAAGGACAAAGUCUGCAUGAAAAACACUCUCAAAGCCUACCGGUGUCCUCAGCCAGUGGAAAUGCCGACUCAUCAGAACGGUCUCAAAGAGACAUGGCCACUUCUCCAGCCAAGCCUCCUGAAGAUCUGAGGAAGCCCGUCUUGGCUUCUGAAAACCACAAAAGCUCGGAACCAAGCUUCGGAGCAAAUGAGGAUGAGGUGCCUGGCGUUCUAGUUCCCACGGUUGUCGUGCUCCAGCUUAUCCUUCCCACCCCCCAACAUGAAAACACUGGUAGAAGACACGGGCUCGAACAAACGGCGAGGAAAAAGAAAAAACUGUGUGGACGCCUUUCCGUCCUGGCCUCGGAGCGGACAGAAAGGACACCCGGCCGUGGACCAGACGUGUGACAUUUAGCAUGUUAUUGUUAGAGCACAGUGCUGGAUGGCAGAUUCUGCAGGUGACAAGGCACACCCUGACAUGGUGAGAGCCCAUACGCUACAUGCACUUUACUGAAUGCAAAAAAGAGAGCAAGGGUUGUGAGACCUAUUCGUUUUGGUUCAAGUUUCAAAGAGAAGUUUGUGUUUGGAUGUGUACUUGUGUGUGUGUGUAAGCUGGAACGAUAUGCUUGGAAUAGAAACGAAGAUAAUUGUCCUUUUCCUCUUAAAAAAAAAAUACACAUUUGGCCUGAUUCUGUUGAAGCCUGCUACUAAAAUGUGGCUUUUUCGCAUUUUUGAGAUCAUAUUUACACAAUGUGUCUUCUCGCACGUUUCCCCUAACAACAUUUCCUGUGCCAGCAUACACCAGAGAUAGGAAUGCCUGCAGUUUUGGGAGCUGCCGGGUUUGCGAUUCUAACCGAGCAGAUCAACGUUUCAAACUUCCAGCUAAAAUCUACAAAAAAAAAAUAAAAAAAA